AUGAACGCUGAAAACUACCACCACGUCAUGCACGAAUGCCCAACGUGGAGUCAAAACUCGAUCAUCAGAUCACGCGGUCAGCCCUCGCACAUCGACCGACUAGUUGCAGCCAUCGUCGAGCGCAUUUGUUACCGUAACAACAUUAAGCUGAGACCUCAGCUCGCCGCAAACAGAGCCCAGUUGACAGCGGCCAUCUACUGUUCCAGUAGCGUGUCUAACGCGACACCUGCGCCCUCGCCUCUAAUGGACUCUAAUGGGCCCAGGCUCUGUCUUACAUUAAUACCG